AUGGCAUUACAACCUUCUAUUGGAAGUGUACCCCCAGGUGCGAUCCAAGUUGACAGAACUGAGGCCGCUGCUUAUCAGUACCGGCAAAUUAAAGAAUGGCCUCACUUUCGUGAUGUAUGGCCGUUCAAAGUCGGAGUUCCAUUACUCGCUGGCUUAGCCGCUUGCUCAGCGUUGGUGAUAAAUCGCCAUUUCAGAUUAAAAGUUAAAUUACGAAACCAGGGUGUGAUAGCAACUCAGAUUACUAGUGCAACGGGUGCAACAAUUUUUGCAACGGCUCCACAUAUUGGAGUAAUAUUUUAUUUAUUUAUGAUAGUAAAAUUCGUAAUGCAGGAUUUAUUUUUAAAUACAACACCAUGCCCACUUUGUGUUGAAACAAGAGCAACUUUUAUUCAAACUGGAGCUGCAAUCAUAUAUCCUAGUAUUGCUGCACCUCUGGCUAAUUUUUUCCUAGCAGCAAGAAUUGGAACUUACCGACUACCCUACUUUGCUGACGGGAAAGAAAUUUUUAAAUUAUGGAUUAAAUUCUUGAAACCACUCCGUGUAAAAUUAGUUAUACUGACGGCUGUUAAUAUUUUGGCUGCUGGUUUUAUUACGUAUAAAGAAGCAAUGUCAAUACAAACAGUUAGAAUGAAAUUGUUAAAGUUUGCUGAACAGUUACAUAAAGAAGAAAGUGUAAAGUUAAAAAAACUCAAGCAAUAA